AUGCGCAAAAUCAAGUGCGAUGAGCACGAGCCGGUCUGUCUCAAUUGUCAAAAAUCCGGCCGCGAAUGUUCCGGACCUGCUACGCUUUCCAGGACUCAAUUGGAUGGGGACGCAUCUCUUGUGUCCUUUGCACCGGCGAAGAUCAGGUGGAGCGUGCCUCAAAACCGUCGUUCUCAUGCAACCAAGCCUUGGAACCAACAAAGACACUCACCGACCUUGGCGGCUCGAGCUCUAGAGUCGUCUUCCCCAGCUCUCGUGGCGUCGCCACGUUUAAGCGAAGACCAGAGCCUUUCUGGCAGACUCGUGUACGCUAUUGAGAACACAAAGGGCACCGGUUUCACCUUAGAACUGGCAGGCAAGCAUCUCGUCCAAUUACCAGCUCGUGUCGGCGAGAACCAGGCCUUGGAUUCCGCCAUUGCGUGCUUUCUGUCGGCACAUACGAAGUUACUUUGCCCUGCUCGGAUGACGGAGCAGCAUCAGCAUCAAUUGUGCAGCAAAGCACUUCGCGACAUGAAAGAAGCCGUUGUUGCAGCAAUGAUGGUCCUCGGAGACUUCGAGGUGCGUGAUAUAAAAUUACGGCAUAUCGUUCGGAUAACAGGCCUGACGGGCUGGCAGAUUGCUUGCGGUCGUGUCGAAAAUGUCCUUGGCCAUGCCAGUGGGGCGGAAGCGAUUCUUAAAGCUUGGGGAGCAGGUAGUAUUCGAUCUGCAUGGGCUCUGGAUUUGCUCGAGGUGAUGGCCUCUUUACUGAUUGCUGUAUCGUUGUCAACCGGUCAGGAAUGCUUCCUAGACAAACUGGAAUGGACGGAAGUGUUUGACAGAGCCGCUCCUCGACCAUUAAUCCCAGCCCGCGAACUGAUCAAUUUCGAAUACCUUAAAUGUUGCGCGCGAUUAGCCACCAUAACAACGAUAUUCCCGUUCGAAACAUACUACCGAAUCUCCGAGGCGAGACUCUGCGAGACUCUGUGCAACGUGUGGAAACUCUUCAUCCUCGUCUCGGCACUGAUACAACAUUAUUUCCCUGAUUAUAUCACGUCGAAACAUCGACGCGAACAAGCACAGGCCGCGAUCAAUAUCUGCAAAUGCUUCGAAUUUGUCCGACCACUAAAACCAGUCGGGGCAUUUUUCAUGCAUCUGAACCUCCCUCGGGCGGCCGUAGCGCUUCCUGGCCCUUACAGGCAGUGGGCAUUAUCAGCGUACAAGGAAAUAGUUGACUCGGGACUCGCGGUAGGAUUCGACGUUGCAGCUCCUACGAAUCUCCUUGCGCGAUGGAUGUCUGGCUGGAACGGGUCGUCAUAUCAGAAAUGGUGGCUGAGAGGGGAUGAUCAGUGGGAGUGA